UAUAUUACUGAACUUGAACAGAACAGAAUUAAAUUGGAACAAGAAAUAUUCGACAAUAAACGUAUAUCCUCCGUUAUGCCCAAUUAUAAUAUUUAAAUUUAUUUUAUCUGGAAAAAUCGUGGCCAGCAAAGUGAUAUCCAUGCAUGAUUUCAUAGGAAAAGAUGGACUCCCGUGUUUUGGUCCAGCUUUCUUGCAUUUUACCACAAUGGAAACUCAACAAUAUUUUGGCAGGAUACUAUUAUCUGUUGAAACUGAUUUAGUACCACCAGAAAUUGAAAAUGUUAACAGAUUGCAAAUUGAUGAUACAGAUUCAAUUCUUGACGAGGACUUAAUGUACAUCCGAAUUAUAAUAUUUUGUGUUAUAUUGAGUGUUAACCAAGUGCAUAAAAAUCUCACCAGAUCAAAAAGUAUGACAAUAUCAAUGGAUUAUGGUGAAUAUAAUUUAGUUACGGAAAGUGAAAAACACGUAGAGCUAAUGAACAUACAGACACCAAAAUACGAUGUAGUGAGCUUAGAAAAUAAUUUUAAUAAAUUAUUGAUUGAAGAAGAUAGAAAACCAUGUCUAUUUUUGGUUACAAAUUUACCAAGUAUUGAAUAUUACUCAAUGUUUUCUAUGAAUUUAUUAACUAAGACUAUUAUUAAUAUGCCGUAUUAUGGGCCACCCAAUAUUUUCCUAAAUUUACGUAAUGGUAAACAAAUUGUAUCAAGAUGUCAAAUUCAAACAAGACACUUUUUGUAUUCUAAAAUUUCAGAAUGUAAAGGACAAUUUUGUAAACGAAUUCGACCUUGGUUUUUGGCAACUGAAAAAAAAGAAAACGUAUUCGAUGGAAUUAUGGAAACUAUAUUUUGGAUAGGACCAUACGAUGAUUUCAAUGAGGGAAUAAGAACAAUUCCAGGACUUCUAUAUAAUAAUUGUAAUGAUCAGCCUUGCUCACAAUAUAAUUUCAAAUUAUAUGACAAAACACUCUUACAAAUCAAAGCACAUAUAAGUCAAGUUGCUCUAACCGAAAAAUGUUACAAAAAAUACAGUCGGUUAAAUUUAAUGGCACGAAUAAUUUUUAACGGGCAUUCAAUGAUAACCGAAGCAAUCCCCUCAAACGUGUCGACGUCAUGGAAUGUAUCGAUUGUGUUUAAACCAAUUUUGUUUAUGAGGUAUGGAGAUACUAAUAAAAAGACACCGAUAUAUAUAAUUAUUCAACUAUGCCACAUAGGAACAGAAAAGAAAGAACUAAUAGAAGAUGUCAUCGCAUUUACUGUUAUCAAUGUAAAAGAAAUUGACAAUUCUUUACGUAAGACAUUAAAUUGGUAUGACAUCGUGGAUAGUUCAGAAAAAAUUGGUAAAAUGUAUAUGGCUGCCGAAAUCACACAAAUCGUAUCUAAUGAAUUGACAGAAAUCGAUAACGAUAAGAGCGUUCCCUUAUUGAAACACGUGCUACCCAAUCUACGUGUUUAUCAAUUAGUUGUACUGUUUUGGGGUUUGCGCCAAUUAAACGUACAUUUGCACGAGCCAUUUGUCCGAUUGUUAUGCUCGACUUCAAGCAUUGAUUCUCAUAUAAUUAAAAAUGUUAAAUCCUUUUCAAAUUUCCCAAACUUGGUCGAUAAAAAAUGUGUACUCAGUUUAGAACUACCUGAAGAUCUAUAUCUUAUACCUCCCAUAAGUUUUCAACUUUUUACUAAGUAUAUUAUAAAAAAUUUUUACACUCCAGUCGGAAUAUGUGUUUCUCAGCCCCUGGAUGAAUUUAUGGUUCCCUCUAUAUCAAAAACUCAACAGAGCAAACGACCAGAUUAUUCAAUUUUAGAAAUGGAAGAAGACAACGACGUAGAGGAAAAAAAAUCAAAAAUUCAGAAAACAAUAAAAAAAAAAAAUUAUUUUAAAAUUUUAUUGCAAUGUUUUAAAACAAAAAUUUGACAGUAUUUUUCCGACGUGCUUAAAAAAC